AGAGAUCGACCAUCGACGACUUUAACCUCAAGACCUACCCCCUCAAGACCGUCAAAAUGGUGAGUUGCCAGCAAGCGUCGUUCGCUGUGUGCAUCGGAGCACCCUAGCACUAUUCAGUCCAUACUCUUCAACCUUCAAUACAAUGGAUGAAUUGGUUCAGCGCAAAUCUUGAUCCUUGUUAUCAAGUCAAGUGGAGUCGUCAUGUACGAUGAUGAUACUUUAUAUUGCUGGACUCGUUGGAUGCACAGUCAUCCAGGAGUGCUAGAGCUCCGAGACAUGCAGCUUACGUCGCAGGCACUUUUGUGCUCUGCUUCGCAUGCUGAUUCGUUCUCGUCUCAAUGACCAGCCCCCCAAAGUCAAGGCCGGUUCCCGCAAGAAACCCGCAUCCGCACCAGGUGCUGCUGGCAAAGCUGCAAAAAUCACAAAAAAUCCUCUCUUCGAGGCAAAGCCGAAGAACUUUGGCAUUGGCCAACAUAUUCGUCCUAAGACCGAUCUCACUCGCUUUGUCAAAUGGCCCGAGUACAUCCGCCUUCAACGCCAGAAGGUCAUUCUUUCUCAGCGCUUGAAAGUUCCUCCUGCUAUUGCCCAGUUCUCCCACACUCUGGACAAGAACACUGCUACACAACUUUUCAAGCUCCUCAACAAAUACCGCCCGGAGAGCAAAGUCGAGAAGAAGGAGCGUCUCGAGGCUCUAGCCAAAGCUGCCGCUGAGGAAAAGGAACCUGCCAAGGACAAGAAACCUCUUUUCGUCAAGUACGGUUUGAACCACUGCGUCGCCCUCAUCGAGGCGAAGAAGGCGUCUCUCGUAAUCAUCGCUCACGACGUCGACCCCAUUGAGUUGGUUGUCUUCCUUCCCGCUCUUUGUCGCAAAAUGGGUGUCCCCUAUGUCAUCGUCAAGGGCAAAGCCCGUCUGGGCACCGUGGUCCACAAGAAGACCGCUGCCAUUCUCACUCUCCAAGAUGUCAAGAGCGAAGACCAGCGCGAGCUUGCAACCCUCGUCAGCGCCGCCAAAGCCAACUUCACUGACAAGUACGAAGAUCAGCGCCGUCACUGGGGUGGUGGUCUCCGUGGAUACAAGUCCACUCAAAUGAUGCGCAAGCGCGCGAAAGCUGCUGGUUUGGACUCCAAGGCUGCUGCUCUUGGCAAGCUGUAAGCUUUGUGCUAGUCCUUUUCGUUUAUCGUCACCACUUUAUAUGUCAUGCCUGUUAUGAAUAUGGUAUGCAUCGUACGCUGGGUUAUCCCAAGUUACUACUGUGUGGAGGCCAGGGCAUAUCGUGCCAGGUCGUAUACUGUGAUGCAUGUUGCGCCAUCAGCUAUAACAUGAUUGCAGUUGUUUGAAAGUCUACUUUGAAAUUAGCAAAACCAAUAUGAAACCGAGAUAG